CAUGAAGCUACUACUUUUGUUACUUUCGUCCGCCAGUUUCAACUUUUGUUGGGGCGGUUACAGCUAUCAAACCGUUCAAUACCAAUAUCCAGUUCUAAAGAAGUAUGAAACCAUAGGAUCAUCACAAGGCUCAAAUAAUUUUAAUGCUUAUCAAGGCUUCAACACAAAAGUUACAUCAAUUCAGGUUCCAGUUAAUCAACAGUACGUGAUAAACACCUAUGAAACAUCAGUCCCUUUGCAAAUCAGUAAAAACACUAUUGAUAUUUCAAAUAUUGAUGAAAAAAACUCAAACCAAAUAGUAAAAAUAUUUUUCAAGUUAAAUGUUAGCGAAGAUAUUAAGCAAAAUAUUAUUCAACUGUUAACGUUGGAUUCAAAUGCAAACGGUACAUACACUCAAUACAUUUACCAACUGAUACUCCAAAUUAUAAACUUAAACGCGAAGGAUGACGUUAAAAGAACAUUAAUCAAUCUUUUGAGUUCAAGAAUUCAAGGAUAUAAGAGAAAUGGUGGAUCUAAUGCAGCAGAUGAACAAUCGAUUAAAAAUCAAAUAAAUAGUUUGAAUAUAGAUGAAAAUCAUAAACAACAAAUGAUUCAAAUUUUAGUAAGUAACUUCAAAGCACCGCAAAAUCAAACAGACAAUAAAAGUGAUAAAAAUGUUGACCAAAAUAUUGGAAAAGCAACUGUUACAACUUCAGAGAAUUUGAAUCAAGGAACCGAACCUAGUAAGAAUACUCCACAAACAGCAUCCACUCUAGUUGUUUCAGAACAAACCAAUAUUAAUCAAAAUAUUGGAACAGCACCUGUAACAAGUUCACAGAUUUCAAAUAAAGACAACCGAUCUGACAAGAAUCUCCCUCAACCAGUAUCUUCGCCAGCAGUUUCACAACAAAGUCAAGAUCAAUUUGAAUAUCUUAAUCAGUACGGACCAAACGUUAAAAGCGUGAUAAAAAUUCUUACUGAAAAGAAUGUCCAAGAAAAUUUAAGACAAAGUUUACUGCAAAUCCUAAUAGCUGAACCAGAAGGAAAUGGUACAUAUGCAGAAUUUGUUUUGAAGUUAAUAAAUGAAAUCCUCAGUUGGAAUAUGGGUACAAAUGAGCAGCAAUUCGUACUUGAACUCUUAGUAACCAGAAUACAGCACUCUCAUGCAACUAUUGAAUGUUCACCUUGUGAAAUAUAUUCUUUCAAAACUAGCAUUGAUCAAUUAAAUUUGCCUAGCAGUACAAAAACUAAAAUACUAUACAUGAUUAUUCUAAACUUUUACGAUAUUAAAAAUCGGAUAAUGGAAAUAAUGGUUAUCAACAAUGUACCCGAGGAAUAUCAGAAAAAAUUACUUGAACUUUUAUUCGAUAACUCAGCCAAAAGUAAAGUAUAUGCUGAAUACAUUUUGCAACUAAUGAUUCAAAUCGUUUACUGGGAAACAGGCAACGACGUCAAUUCCUACGUAAUUAAUUUAUUAGUCUUCAGAAUAUUACAAUUCGAAGCUAAUGGAGGAUCUAAUGCAGCUGAUGAAGAAACUAUUAAAAAUCGGAUUGCACAAUUGAAUACAACUGAUUAUUGGAAGAACAUUGUAAUUCAACUUCUGCUUGUAGACUUUAAAGGUCCACUUCUCCAAAAACAAGAUGAAUCUAAUAAGAUUCUCCCUCAUCCAGUAUCUUCUCCAGGAGUUCCACAACAAAGUCAAGAUCAAUUUGAAUAUCUUAAUCAGUACGGACCAAACGUUAAAAGCGUGAUAAAAAUUCUUACUGAAAAGAAUGUCCAAGAAAAUUUAAGACAAAGUUUACUGCAAAUCCUAAUAGCUGAACCAGAAGGAAAUGGUACAUAUGCAGAAUUUGUUUUGAAGUUGAUAAAUGAAAUCCUCAGUUGGAAUAUGGGUACCUAUGAGCAGCAAUUCGUACUUGAACUCUUAGUAACCAGAAUACAACACUCUCAUGCAACUAUUGAAUGUUCACCUUGUGAAAUAUAUUCUUUCAAAACUAGCAUUGAUCAAUUAAAUUUGCCUAGCAGUAUAAAAAUUAAAAUACUAUACAUGAUCAUUUUAAACUUUUACGAUAUUAAAAAUCGGAUAAUGGAAAUAAUGGUUGUCAACAAUGUACCCGAGGAAGAUCAGAAAAAAUUACUUGAACUUUUAUUCGAUAACUCAGCCAAAAGUAAAGUAUAUGCUGAAUACAUUUUGCAACUAAUGAUUCAAAUCGUUUACUGGGAAACAGGCAACGACGUCAAUUCCUACGUAAUUAAUUUAUUAGUCUUCAGAAUAUUACAAUUCGAAGCUAAUGGAGGAUCUAAUGCAGCUGAUGAAGAAACUAUUAAAAAUCGGAUUGCACAAUUGAAUACAACUAAUUAUUGGAAGAACAUUGUAAUUCAACUUCUGCUUGUAGACUUUAGAGGCCAACUUCUUCACGCAAAAAAGAAUGAAAUCGGUUACUCUCAAUCAAAUGCAGCUCAAGUCAAUAAAAUCAAUACAAGUGGUGGAAAUCAAGGAUCAUGUAUCGGUUCAUGCUCUGGUUCAACAGCAUUUUUGCCUCACGUGGAUUGCACAAAAUAUUGCCAAUGCUCCAACGGUCGUCCAAUUGUUAUGAUUUGUCCAUCAACUCUUCAUUGGAAUACAAAAUUAAAUAAUUGUGAUUAUCCUGAUGCAGCUCAGUGCCAACGUUGAGGAUAUGGAAAAACAUUUAACUACAGUUCUGCUGAACUUGUUUAGUUAAUGUUUUUAAAGCUACAAUGAACGAUAUAUACAUCAAUUGCUUUUAAAUAUAUGAUGAUU